CCCAGUGCCUGAACUUGCCGCCGCUGGGUCCGCGCGGUGACCGUGGUGAACCGUAGAGACGGUGAGCCGGCCAGCCAGACGGUGGUUGGCGGCCGGAGAGUGAGGACGUCAGGGUAUGGCCGCUCCGUCGCUAAGUCACCCUGUCACACGCUACGCGACCUCUCGCCGCUCCAGCCCCACACACUUCCACAGCCGCGAUUUAUUGCAACUUUCGGUGUAUUGUGAUUUCUUGUGUUGUUUCCACGUGAGGCUUUGGUUUUUGUGUACUUAACAAUGUGAAAUAAAAUGUAACAAUAUAUUAAAUUUUAAGUUGCAGUGCAAUUUUGCGUCAAGUGUGAGAGAAAAAAAAUUACAUGGUAACUAUAGAUUAAAUAUUGUGUUUUGGAAAAAAGUGCGAAGAGUUGGUACAAUCAGAGGACAGAGUCAAAUUGUGUGAGUGAACCUGUUGAUCCAAGUAUAGGCUGCCGACCAGACGCCUCACUACAGGCUUGACGAGGCUCCUUGCCCAAGCCCCACCUGGGGAACCCUGCCUACCCGGCUCCCCCACACACCUCUCCUUGUUACUAACGUCACCUCAGAGAAAGCCAGCACUUGCCAAGCGCAGGGUGUGAUCUAUCCUCGUGUCGAGUCAUUAUACUCUAGUAAGAGCGGGGGUUAGACUGGAGUGAAACGCUGUAAAAUAGUGACCCCACACUUGACAAGGUGGAUCCCCAGCACAUCUUAAAGUAUACGGGGAACUUGAGUGAUUCUGUCAACAUAUUCUCGAGUCCUUGGUGGCCUGUAAACAGUAGGUCGUGCCCAGUGCCACCCGCGGAGCCACCCACCAACAAGAUGGUCCACCAGGUACAGGAUCGCUCCCCUCGUAAACGGGACCGUUGCGCCGCCGGCCUCAUAUUAACUCCGGGAGGCGGGCCUGAGCUUCAAGAUAUGAGGGCGACAGAAUUCAAAGGAGAGAUCCGGCCUCCUCCUACCAAAAUGUCUCGGCUGGGCAUGUAUGAGACCUACCAGCCGUGGGUCCUGCAGACCUACGGAGAUUCUGCCAAGACCAAGACCAUAACCCGGAAUAAAUAUCAGCGAAUUCUCCAAAUCCUUCGCGGAGAUUACGUUGACAACGAAACUUCCAAGUUCAAGCUGUGGGUGAAGGGUCGAGGGUUCAGGAUCGGUCCCCCGCCAGGGUACAUGAACGGGGUGGUGGAAGACCCGGUCAUCACCCAGCUCACCCCUCCGCCAGGACUCGAUUACAACCCUGACAAGGACCCGUAUCCAGACAUAUACGUCCAGACUGGAACAAACAAGG